UGGCCGAGCAGCAACAAAGUACGACACAACACGCGAAACACGGUGUUUCAUGACCCCAGCUUCCGCGGUCCCGACAUCGUUCACCGCCCACCACACCGCCAGCCGGCAGCAACAACUCGACUCCUACGACGGAAGACAACGACAGACACCAGGAUGCCCAUUCUCACGCAUAAUCCACCUGCCCCCUUCCCACUCUAUCUCCUCCCCAGCCUCCCCUUCCGCCGCCGCAGCUCGACAGCCACAACCUCCACCAUCCCCUCGCCCUCUUCGUCUCCUCCGCAGCCAACAUCCUACCUCUCCUCCACGACUACCUCCCACCUCCGCUGCGCCAAAUGCCUCGCCGACUUGAUCCCCACGUCCUCUAUCAUAUCCAAGGGCUUCACGGGGCGUCAUGGCCGCGCCUAUCUGGUUUCUCCUCCGCCACCUUCUACCCUCCACCCAACUAAGGCCAGGGAGGGGGAUAUGACGGCCGGCGACCUGCCCAACACGCAUGUCCACAAAGCCGUCCCGCGCCAACUUGUCACCGGCGCGCACACCGUCAGCGAUAUCAGCUGUCGCGUGUGCGGGAGUGUGCUCGGGUGGAAGUAUGUCGAGGCCGAGGAGGAGGCGCAGAGGUAUAAGGUGGGGAAGUAUAUUCUGGAGACGAAGAGGAUUGUAAGGGGUGCGGGGUGGGAGGGUCGUGGCGAGGAGGACGAGGAUGAUGGGGUUUUGAGGGACGGAGUCAGGGAUGAGGACGUCGAGUUUGAUAGCCAGGAUGAGGAGGAGUGCGAGGAUCUGUUUGCGGGUGUGUGGACGGCGAGGGGGGCUGCGAGGCGGAGGCGGCAGCGGAAGUUUUGAGUUUCCGGGAAACUUUGACUUUCUAUGGUUUCUUUGGGAUGAUUGUUGGCGUUUCUGGAUUUACGGACGGGACGGAUUGGAUAGGACAGGCGUCAGGAUGCACGAUACCCCACACACCGCACUCACGAACGGACGCACACUACGGAUACCCCUCGCUGGACACGACACAUCAUGAUUUGGGGGCGCAACGGUUUCUCAUUGACUUACGGGUAACAUAGGACACGACACGCACGUCAUAAGCAGUACAUAAUCAUAAUACAUCUAUCUAUCUUACCGUCUUCCUCUCGCCCGCU